UAGUCACUCUCUUGUCACUAACUAAUUGGUAUUGGUGACCAUUGAAUUGUUGGUCAAUGCUUUUGUUUACUCAUCACUAUUAUUUGUGACUACUCCCAAAUUCAGGGGUUCACACUAAAAAGGUAAUUUACUUUUGACGAACGGUGGAAAUUUCAGGGGUUCACACUGUAGUUCAGUAGGAGGAAAGUAAGUUUCGCAAAGACUCACCCAUGUGUUUUAGUAGAAUUAUUGUACAGGAGGAGUUGAGGCUAUGGUAACGAUUAUAAAUACACAAUUAAUGCUUGUAUCUUGAGAUAUCAGACAAGCAUAUAUACUUCACCAGUUUUAUCUUUGUCUCAAUACUUGUGCUUCUUCGUCUUCAUCAUGACUCUAACUAACAUGGUUGGAGUAAGGUGCUGCUUCAAACUCCUCUGUGCAAUUGUGGUGCUCAUUUUACUACACAUGAACAAUCCUUGCACUGGAUGCAGCGAGAGGGAAAGGCAGGCACUCCUUGCGCUUAAACAAGGUCUCGGGGCAUUGGACGACGGCGAUCCCUUCCAUUCCUGGGGAAGAGAAGCCCAAAACAAAGAUUGCUGCAAAUGGGAUGGAGUCCACUGCAGCAACCAAACUGGCCAUGUUGUUAAGCUUGAACUCUAUGCUUUGCAAGGUAAGAUUAGUCCUAAACUCAUUGAGUUGCAGCAUUUGGAAUAUUUGGUCCUUACUUGGAAUAAUUUCAAUGGGAGCCAAAUUCCAGAUUUCAUUGGAUCUCUGAGCAAUUUAAGAUACCUCGAUCUCUCUCAAGCAAAUUUUGGAGGUUUAAUUCCAUAUCAACUUGGAAACCUUACAAACUUGGAACAUCUCGAUCUUAAGUAUUCUGUCUCUCUUUAUGCAAAAAAUCUGUAUUGGCUUCCUAAUCUUUCUCGUCUAAAAUACUUGGACCUAAGUUUCGUUAAUCUCAGUGAUGUUGUUGGUUGGCUGGAAGCAGUUAAUAUGCUUCCUAAACUAACAGACUUGAGAUUACCGAUGUGUAAUCUUCCUCCUCCAGUUAUAUCCUCUGUUUCUCUCUUGAAUUCUUCUAAAUCUCUUGUUCAUGUCGAUCUCUACAACAACAGUCUUGACUCAUCCAUCUCCCAAUUGUUGCCCGGUACUCAUACCAACCUUGUUUAUCUUGAUCUCUCGGAAAAUAAAUUGAGUGGAAGAAUACCUGAAAGUAUUGGACAGAUGUCCAAUCUGAAUUCUAUCGAUUUGCAUAUGAAUUCUUUUGAAGGAGUCAUUUCCGAAACUCAUUUCUCGAAACUCUCCAAAUUAAGUUAUUUGGAUUUAUCCUCUAACUCACUAGUUUUAAACUUCAGUUCUGAUUGGGUUCCUCCCUUUCAAUUGGUUGAGAUAAGAUUGAGGUCUUGUAAGAUGGGGCCGUAUUUCCCGGAAUGGCUUCGAACUCAGAAAAGUUAUACCCGGCUGGAUAUUUCUGAUGCUGGAAUUUCUGAUACCAUUCCAACUUGGUUUUGGGAUUUGCGAACGGAUUUGCGAAAUGACAUUGUGUAUAAGGAUUUGUCUUGCAAUCAAAUUAGAGGAAAUUUGAGAUCAGAGUUAACAGGGGAUUUUUUAAAUGUGAGUUGGAACCAAUUGGAGGGUCCAAUCCCUUCAAUCCUAUCAAAUGUGUCAAGUCUAGAUCUGUCCAAUAAUAAAUUUUCAGGGUUAGCUUCAUUAUUGUGCACAAGUACAACCGAGACGAGUAAAUUAGAAUAUCUUGAUCUCUCAAGCAACCAUGUGUCCGAAGAUCUCCCAGACUGCUGGAUCCGUUUUCAACGAUUAGUCUUUCUUGAUUUGAGCAACAACUUUUUAUCUGGGAAAAUUCCUACCACGAUGGGAUACUUGUUUAGCAUCGAGACACUAAAACUAAAUAACAACAGAUUUGUCGGAGAAUUGCCUUCACAAUUGAAGAAUUGCACAAGGUUGACACUUGUUGAUGUUGGGGAAAAUAAAUUGUCAGGAUUAAUACCUGAAUGGCUAGGGGAAAAUCUUCUAAAUUUGGCUAUCAUUAUCCUUCGAUCUAAUCAAUUUUAUAGGAGCAUCCCGCCACAGUUAUGCCAUCUUACACACCUUCAAAUUUUGGAUUUGUCGAUGAACAACAUCUCUGGAACUAUACCGAAAUGUCUCAACAAAUGGACUACUUUGGCUCAAAAAGGAACGUCAACUCUAACUAUGCAUCAUGAGUCCCUUCUUUGGCACUUUAUAGACGAAGAAAAUGUAACAUGGAAAGGAGCAAGGUCAAAAUACAAAAAUACUCUGGGACUUGUAAAGAGUAUUGAUCUCUCAUGCAAUAAGUUGAGUGGGGAGAUUCCUACUGAAAUCACUUAUCUUGUUGGUGUGGUUUCUUUAAACUUGUCGAGAAACCAAUUAACAGGUCAAAUACCUUCAAGGAUUGGAAAUUUGGAGGAGUUGGAUUCUCUUGAUUUAUCAAGAAACAUGAUAAAUGGCAGAAUUCCAACAAGUAUUUCUCGGAUAAAUCGUAUUGGUUACUUGGACUUGUCACAAAACAACUUGUCUGGAAAAAUUCCAAUAGGCACUCAACUUCAAACCUUUGACUCUGCUUAUGGUGGAAAUCCUCUGCUUUGUGGAAAACCACUCCCAAGGACAUGCCCUGAGGAGGAAAAAGGUUCAGGACAAUCUGUGUUGGUGAAUGAAGACGACAAAGAUGGGCUCAUAACACAAGGAUUUUACAUCAGCAUGGGGCUUGGGUUUGCUGUUGGAUUUUGGGGAGUUUGCGGCACUCUUCUGCUCAACAGGUCAUGCAGAUAUACGUACUUCAAUUUCUUGACCUUUCUGAACGAUUGGCUGUACGUGAAUGUAGAAAUCAUCAAGCAAAGGAUCCUUAAUAAAUAAAAGGCACCUUUGAGACAACAUGCUUCCCUUUAGUUGAAGAUGGAUGCGAUGAAGGACUCCUAUUUGUACUAGUUUUCGAGUAUUUGAGUGAUGAUAAGGGAUCUCACUGAAAUAAAGGAACCAUUUUAGUAGAUUAGUUGUGCUGUUAUUUGUAAGAACUUAAUGGGAACUUCUCCCAUGAACUAUUUGGUAUGAUGUUCUUAUGUACCUCAUGGUGUAUGUUUUUUUCUUUUGCAAUGUAAGAAAUGCAAACGCAGAAUUGCCUUUUACUGUAUUGUUGUUAUGAAUAAAA